AUGGCGGCGCUCCGGGCACCUCCGCUGGCUGCUUCUCGCCCCGGAGCCGCAGCAGGGCAGCUGAGGGGCCGCCCGGAGCGGGGCUCUGGCCGGCCACGGCGGCUCCCGGACGGCGCCUCCCGCCUGCGGCACCUGCGGAUGCAGCCUCCGCCGGCGGCGCCGGGGCGCGCAGGGCCAGCCCCGCUCGCCGCUGGGCUCCGCAGAGCUGGCGCUGGGAGCCUGGCAGGAGGGCGGAAGUGGCGCAGUGACGCCGCGCCCACGGGCGCCAUCUUUGCUUUGGGCGGCACCGGGCUCCGCCCGGCGGCGAGGGCGGGGAGAGUGCAGGAGGAAGAAGAGCAGGAGGAGCAGGAGCCGGAGAAGGAGGAGGAGGAGGAAGAGGAGGAGGAGGGAGCUGAGUGGCUGGGACGGCUGAGUCGAAGCCACGAGUGCAGCCGCCAGCAUGCGAGCGAGAAGAAGCUGGAGCAGGAGCUGGGGCUGGCAGCGAAGAGGCAGUGUCUGGAGCUGGGUGAGGAGGGGCACUGGGAUGGCGCUGGGGUGAGGAGGGGUGGCCGCGGCUGUGCGGGGUGGGCGCUGGGCCUGCGCAACCUGGGGCGCAGCUGCUUCCUCAAUGCCACGCUGCAGUGCCUGACCCACACGGCGCCGCUCGGCUACCUGCUCUGCGGGGAGCACGGCCGCAGCUGUCACCGAGAAGGCUUCUGCAUGCUCUGCACUAUGCAGACCCACGUGGGGCAGGCCUUUGCCAGCAGCGGCCAGGCCAUAAAGCCAGAGGCCAUCAUCCGGAACCUCAAGAACAUUGCCCAGCACUUCAGCCUCCGGAGGCAGGAGGAUGCCCACGAGUUCCUGCGCUGCGCCAUUGACGCCAUGCAGCAGGCCUGCGGGAACGGCUGUGCCCAGCUGGAUGGGCAGAGCCAGGCCCCAACGCUGGUCCAGCAGAUCUUUGGGGGUUCCCUGCGGUCCCGUGUGCUGUGCUUGCAGUGCCAGAACACCUCGGACACCUACGACUUACUGGACCUGGCACUGGAGAUCGGGGAGGCCACAAGCGUGGUGCAGGCGCUGGAGCAGUUUGUGCAGCCAGAGCUGCUGUGCGGGGAGAAUGCCUACAUGUGUGCCAGGUGCCAGCAGAAGGUGUCUGCCCGCAGCUUCAGCAUCCACCAAGCUGCCAACGUCCUCACAGUGGCACUGAAGCGCUUUGCCCCUUUUGGGGGAGGGAAGAUCACCAAAGCCGUGGCGUACCCCAUGCUGCUGAACGUCCGCCCCUACCUGUCUGUGCCGCGCGGGGACCCCGUCCUCUACAGCCUCUAUGCGGUUCUGGUGCACUCUGGGCACAGCUGCCACGCAGGGCACUACUACUGCUACGUGAAGGCCAGCAGUGGGCAGUGGUACCUGAUGAACGACGAGCGGGUGUGCCCCGCGGGCAUCCAAGAGGUCCUGGGGCAGCAGCCCUACCUGCUCUUCUACCAGAGGGUGCCCAGCCCCAGGAGGAGCUGGCAGGGGCCCACUGCCAAGGCUGCCUCCAGCCUGCCCGGCUGCACUGGCGGUGUCCACAGCGAGGACAGGAAAUCUGUCACCAAGGAGCCCCUGUCCUCAGCAGGGAUGGGCCAGGCUCCCCCAGCACAGAAGCUCCCUGCUCUCUACCUGAUGGAUUCCAUCCUCAAGAACGUGGGAGGAGAAUACCUGAAGGCCUUUGCCCCAAAGCUGGUGGAAACCUUUGUGUCUGCCUUCCAGAAGCCAGAGGAGUCCAGUGCAGCUCCCUCUGCCACCUCUGGUGCCUCUGCUGCAGCUGCUGCUGCAAUGCCCCAGGCGCCGAGCCAGGAGCAGCUGCUGAGGCAGCAACUGCUUGAGAAGGAGAAGCAGGUGCUGGAGCUUCGGCAGAAGCUGUCCGAGCUGGAGCAGGCUGGAGCACAGCUGGAGGAGCCACUCUGA